AUGCAAAAUGGACGACAAAGCCAACGUAAAGAUGUCAUCAUGAAGGUUUACAUGCACUGCGAAGGAUGUGCUUCGCAAGUGUCUAAUUGUUUGAAGGGCUAUGAUGGUGUCGAGCAAGUUAAGACAGAGAUUGAAGAGAACAAAGUGAUUGUGUCGGGAAAAUUCGAUGAUCCCGAGAAGAUACUCCAAAGGGUUAAGAAGAAAUUCAGUAGAAAUGCUGAGUUAAUCUCUCCAAAACCUAACCCUAAACAAGAGAAAAAGGAAUCCCCAAAGAAAGAACCCCCUCCACAGAUCAAAACUGCUGUGUUGAAAAUAUACAUGCAUUGUGAAGGAUGUGUACAUGAAAUCAAAAGAGGCAUAGGGAAAAUGGAAGGAGUUCUGACAGUAGAACCGGACAUGUCGAAGUCAACGGUGGUGGUACGAGGGGCGAUAGAUCCACCGAAGGUCGUGGAAGAGGUGAAGAAACGAAUGGGAAGACAUGCAGAGCUCAUAAGCCAACGCUCCGAAAACAAGAACCACAACGCGCAAAAGGAGGCCUCGUGCGAAAAGGGCAACAAUGUCUUCACUUACCCUCCUCAGUACUCCAUCCAGCACUCUUAUCCUUGUCAGCUUUUCAGUGAUGAAAAUGCCAACUCCUGCUCCAUCAUGUGA